AUGAGCGGAGCUCGGGGGCUGCUCGUGGCCCUGCUCGUGGCGCGCGUGGCCGUCGGCAGCGCCCCUGCUGAGCCUGGGCCCGCCUGGAGCCGCCGCGGGCACCCGCCGCGCGGCCCCUGCGGUCUGCGCGACCCCGGGGCCACCGCUUCGUCCAGCCUCGGCGGCGGCAGCAGGUCUGUCGGUCAAGUGUGUGUGGAAAAGUCCAUCUUAUUCAGAGCUAACACCCCAUAUCCCACCACCAUCAUCGCUGCUCCUGGAGGACAAGAGCUGCUGUUCUGCGUGCAGCCCAGUGACCCAAACCAGAACUAUUUCCAACAGCCACAGCUUAUCAAAGAAUCUGACUUUCCGAAGUUCAUGGAAAAGUAUGGUGGGCACUCAUUCUUAACACUAUCACAAGCACAGCCAGCCUUCUCUGCCUUUUACCGGGCUGGUGAUCCAAUCUUAACCUACUUUGACUCUUCGUCUGUACUGAGCACUCUUAGACAGCCCAUCAGGAUGGGAACCAGUGGACUUUGUGUUGAUGGAAAUCCUGCUGGUUUUCUGGACAGUAAAAGCACAAGCUGUACUCGGAUUUUUGCCAACUUGAGCAAUAGCUGCAUCACCGACCCUGCCCUGGAUGCGGCCUCUUACUACCGUGAUUUCACAGUGCUAAAGGUUCCAGUUAAUGGCACCAUUGUGCAGUCCAUACAGGUAAAGAUCACUCCAGUCACACCCCCUGGAGCUCCCUAUAUGAAAGACAACAUGUGUUACAAUGUUGUUUCUGAGGUGAUCUAUGAAAUAGAAUUCAACAGCACCCAUGGGAUUCAGAAUGUGUCUGUGCAGUUUAAAGUCACCAGCAUCCUUGGGAACUCAGGAUCUUCUCUACAGCAGCAUUUCACUUUGCACUUCUGGACGAGGACUCUUACUCACACCUUGCCUCGAAGUGGGAACCCUGGCUAUAUUGUUGGAGCACCAUUGUUGAUUACAAAUGAUGGUGCCAGGCAGCAUGUAUCCUUUCUGCUUUCAGUCUGUCAGAUGACCAUUUUACAAAGCCAAGGUGAUGGAAGUUGCUCACAGUUCCUCAGGCACCAAGUACAGUUUGGAAGAAAUAUGAAGACAGGAUGCAAGCUCAGUCUAUCCCAAAUGCUGGAAGAAGGUGACUGUAGUUAUGUUCAGCAGAAGUUAUAUAAGGCGUUCCAGGGGAUGAAUGGAGCGGAAGACCUUGCUAUAAUUGGCAGUGCUCGUUCAACUCAGGCAGAACAAUGGACCACCAUUCUGAUUCGGAACUGUAGUGUACAGGUUAUGAAUUGCAGUUCAUGUUGCAUGGUUCCUGUGACCCUGGAGAUCCAGAUAUUGUGGUCUAAGGAAGGCCUUCUGUCUAACCCACAAGCUCAAAUACUGAGUGCACAGUACUUCUAUCAGUGUCAGCCACUAAAGUUCCUAAGCAUGAGCAUGGUGCCUUUGACAACUGUUGUUACCUUCACUGACAUGACAGAAUGGCCAGAACCUCCACGUGGCCAGCCCAGGACAUACUGGAAACUCCCAUUUGACUUUUUUUUUCCAUUCAAAGUAGCACUAACUGAGGAAAGAAACUACAGAGAUGAUCUGGCUGGCUUAUUUUUGGUGAUUCUAAUACUGUCUAGAAUUUUCUGCUUCUGAAGAAAUUCAGAUAGGUGGGGCCUGUAUGUAAAGUUCUGUAAGUGUAGUAACAUGUUCAGAAUAUGGCCCAGAUCAUGGACUUUUCUCCUUGGGUUCUUAUACUGUGCCUAUGUGCCUUCUGUUCUUGGAUUAAGCCACAGGACUAACUUUUGUUAUGUGGCCUCUGACACCACUAAUUCUCCUUGCGUACAAUCUGCAAACCUCAUUGCAGUGGAACUCUUGAGGGCUGUCAGGAGAUGCUUUUUGUAUGAAGACCGGCGGAAGGAGGAAGUGAAAAUGAUCGUUCCAAGAUUCAAGAAAGUAACAGCGCUUUCUAUACAAAGGAGUAUUGAGGGAAGAACACCGUUCAAACCAAGGAUCUUGGAGCUGUGUUUAUUCAGAUUUGCAUUAGAGAAGCACCUCAUUUUUCUGUACAGAAUUAACUGAAUAUUUAAAAUGUGUAAAAAAAUGAUCUAGUCAAGUCUCCCAGGAGCUUGAAUUGUUAUUUUGUGAGUAGACUGUUUGUCAGUUACCUCUGAACCGUCCUUGUUACGUGGCAACCGUGCAUCUGUGUCAGUUUUUUACUCUUCUGUAUGUCUUUUCAAAUAUAGGUAUUCAAUUGAAGUUGCCUUGUU